AUGCGCGCGGUCGCAGUAGCGGCCCUGGCUGCGCGGAUUGCAUCGGCCGGAGAUCGCUUUCUACAGGCGGCAGCCCAAGCCGAGGAGCCUGCGAAGAGCUUUCUUCCCGUGGCGCCCAGCGAUCUUUCAAUUGCCUCAGCCUGCUCCGCAUAUCCGAAGUGCGUGGAGCGCGGUCUGACAGAUGGCGCAUGUUGCCCCAGUGCAGGACCGGAUGGUCAGCAGCUGGACUGCUGCGAGGGCGGCCCAUCCGCUUGUUCUGCCUUCGCUGCUUGCGUUUCGGAGGGCCACAUCUCGGGCAUCUGCUGUGCAGCGGGUGCAGAAUUGGACUGCUGUCAGGAGAAGCCCACGGCCUGCUCCGCUUACCCCCGCUGCGUCGCUGCGGGCCUCACGGAGGGCGCCUGCUGCCCCUCAGAGGUGGGCGAAAGGGUUCUUCAAGGAACGAGAAAGGCAACAGCUUGUGGCAGGAUGAUGUUUCUGAUUUUCACCACGAUGGUUCAUGAUCAGUGGCCGCUUCGUCAGCAAGCGUAG